AUGUCGUUUGCAAAUUCGCUAAGCUCUCUAUUGCCUCGUCCUAAGCAUGAUAUGCCACACGUGGAGCUUCUGAGGCAAACAAAUGAUGUUCAAGAUGUUGUAGAUGCUAUUGCCAAAUCGGAAAAUGUUGGCUAUGACGUUGCCGACUUUGGAUCAGAAGGAACAAAACGAGAAACAGUUACUUUGGAGAAUUUUUUGCCAUUAAGACACAAGUACCCAGACUUGGAAUUGCCCUUACCCACCGGUAUCGAAAUCCGUGAAUCAUACCAGCGCACCAAAGCUGUUUUUGACCAGAUAAUGAAUGAGAAGCUUCGUCCACAAGGAACUAACGCUAAUCCGCCGCCGGGUCAUCCAAGCGGUGUGAAAACCAUACAAUACAAUAGUUCAGGAUUGCCUGGUGAUAGUAAGACAAGGGCCAUACAGAUAGUGGAUCAACAGGUUGACCCUCUGCAACCGAAGCUGUUCAAGAUCAAGAAAAUGGUAGCCCCGCCCGCGGACGAACCAUUUGCACCGGUACUGCACAAGUCGGAUGAUAAAACUCCACAGCCCACCAAGGAGGAACGCGACCAGUGGAACAUUCCGUCAGCCAUUUCCAAUUGGAAAAAUCCUAAUGGGUAUGCAAUUGAACUCGACAAGAGAGUGGCAUCGGACGGUCGUUUUGGUAAGGAUUCUGUUGCUCCUCGUGAAAUAAGUGAUGGAUUUACGAAACUAUCAGAGGCUUUAGAUGUUGCUGAAAAGAAAGCCCGACAAGAAGUUAAGUUGAGAGGAGAAGCAAAACGAAUGCUAGCCGAGCAAGAUGCCAGAGAUAAAGAAGAGAAAUUAAGAUUACUCGCUUUAAAAGCGCGUGAGGAAAGAAAGCGUUAUGUUGGUUCAAGCUCCGAGGCUUCAGUUGAGCUUGGUGCUUUGAGAAAAAGAGAAUCAGAGAAGAAAGAUAGAAGGAUACAGUUGGAAAAAGACUUACGGCAAUCUAAGCUGAAUACCGCUGACCGUUUGAGGGCUCUAGCAGCUAAGCAAAACCGAGAAAUUUCGGAUAAAGUAAUACUCGGAGCCGCAAAGGCUAGCGAUACGUCUGGCAUUCAAUAUGACUCGAGACUUUUCUCAAAAGCAGCAAAUGCUAACUCCCGCAGGAGCGAUGAACAAGUGUACGAGAAUCCUCUGUUUAUUCAAGAGGGUAUUAAUACUAUGUAUCGUCCCAACUUUUCACAGAUGAGCGAGGUGCAAAGGGCUGAAGAUACAGAAAAAGCUGUAGGCAUACAAUUACUCGGGAGCACGGGCGAGAAAAGAAGCCGUGAAGGACCUGUCGAAUUUACAGAAGCGGACAACGGGCAGCAGAAAGCAGAUGACUCACAGUCGAACCCACCAAAAAAGCAUCAUACUUCCUGA